AAACUUGUGGUACAGAAUCUUUUCGGCCAAAAUUAUGUAAUUUAACUGACACUGACCCCGUCUCGUCGACAAGCGUUGCGCACUCUUACAACCAUUAAUUAAUUUCUACUGACCGAAUUACACAUUUCUGCAUUUGUUAAUUAAUAUGUCUUCGCCUCUUGUAAAUUGUGAUCUUACAACUGCACAGUGUAAAUGAUUAAAUUCAGGCGUUGCUGUUAACUAAUUAACAUUUAAUUCAGCUGUCAUUUGAAAGAUAUAAUUGAAUACGAGAAACAAUGGCCAGCAAACUGAUAGCCAUUUCGAGACAAAAGAGGAUGGAAGAAAAAUCUCUGCGAAGCGGUUAUAGUGCCAUUAAUAUCACGCAUCAGCUUUAUCGAAAUUGACUGGCACGAAACGCUGAACAAAAUGCUAAACGAUUUCACGAAAAAAUCAGCUUCAUAUUGAGGAAAGGCACCGCAAUCAUACAAUUAAAUGAUGUUAAUCAUCAUAUAGGUUCUCGCAAUAACAAAACGACACCAACAACAAAAAAUAAGUAGAGAAAAAAGAGCAUCAAAAUGUUUCAGAGAAAACGCAAAUCUGGUGUCUAUUUGCAUAAUUGCGCCAGAUUUAAGACAAUUACGAAAAUAAUUUUCAUUUUGAUAAUUUCGUCGGUAAUUGCGGCAGACAGUAAAUGCAAGCUUACAUCAAAGGAAACAAACAGCUGUGAUCAGCCUAGAUUAGCGGACGACGAUGGCGAUAAUACAAAGAAAUUACCUCACAAAAGUAGUAGUAGCAGUCAUCAUGAACAUGAUCAUGACCAUCAUCACGGUCAUCAUCAUCACAGUUUACUGCAACUGAACGAUAUGAAAAAUAGCAUUUACAAAUACGUAAACGACAUGAUAAACACACGAACGAGUGCCAUUUUGGCGAAUUCACUGAACCAAAUGCAAGCGCAAGAAGACAAUCGGCCCGUUUCCGAGACGGAUGUGAAAGAGGAUAUGGUGAGGAUUGAAAAGUUUCUGGAAUAUUUAGACACGCCGUCAGAUGGUAAUGGAACAAGUGGAAGGCAACUUGAUACGUCCGAAGGUCGACUAUUCUUCUUUAAAGGUUUCAAAAAGCUUAUGUGGCCUGUUAUCAUUGGCGUUCAAGUAGUGAAAACCGUUCUACUCGCUAUGUUCCUGCCAAGUAUUCUCGGUUCACUUGGUAAAAUUGUGGGGAAAGGAUUGUCGACAGUAUCAGGAUUUACACACCAAGCUGAAACUGUGGAUGAUUUGGAAUUCAAAGACAAUACGUAUACAUCCGACAAGGAACAGUUUAACGGAUACACCUAUCCACAAACUGAUACGUCAGCGAAAAAUAAUUUCGCUUCACAAAUGUACGAUGCUGCCACCGCUAAUAACAAUGCAAUAUCCCGGUUCGGAAUGAACGAACAGCAAAUGUAUAUGCAUCCCGAUCCGAGCCCGACCACUGUGAAUAAACCUGAUGAGACAAUGAUGGCUAGCAGCAAGAAAGAUGACUUCAAAACAUUCCACGAUAUUCCAUUGUCAUCGAUGUUGCUAACGAACUACGAUCCAUUCUAUAGUCCACUGUUAUCUCGGCUAGAUGCUGUGUUUCAGCAACUCGGACUGUCCAUGGGUAAUGAACAGUGUAGGGAGAAGCUUGUUUGCUUAAUGUACUCAAGUCCAGCAAAAUUUGCACCAUAUAGUAAUUUAGUGUCAGCGCAGCUGAGCAGAGAACUGAACGAACUCAGAAAACCAACAUCUGAUAAUCCAGAUAUUUUAAGAUUUUUCAAAUACAUGCGAGCCGCCAAACUGGGUCAAGAUCAAGCCAAUUGUGAUGAAAAUUUCAAAUUAUGUGUCGAUCUCAACGAAAAUAAUCCAGCAAUGGUAACAACGUACAACGAUAUCAACAAACUAGUCCAAGCCAGAAAAUUGUAAACAUUUUGGAAUUCAUCGGAAAGCACACAAUGUUGUUUCCAUCCGAAGUUCCAGUCCAUAAUUUUUUAUUAUUAACAUUUAGUUGCAGUCCAUAGUUUCACAUUACACAGUUCCAGUCCAUAGUGUUGUUGCAGCAAUAGCUGUUUUGAUUGAUCGAGUGGUUGUUGUUGUUAUUUCAAAAUUUUGGUAGCAUUUAUACAUUUUAAGAUAUUACUACACAUACGGGGGAGAAAAUCAUAAUUAUUUUUUUGAAGUUUCAUUGCACAAUUUCAGUCAAUUUCAACCCUGUUUGUUUAUGUAACUAAAAACUAGCGUGGUCGGUCAGCUUAUUAAUAGGAAGGCACUUGCCAUUUUUCUGUCUUUAGUCAAUGCAUUGGUUGCAGUAUGUUAAUGAAAAACGAAAGCCACUAAAGUUCAGGCUUCAUAACUUUUGAGAAUAUCUUGUUCCGCAUUGAUUCCAGCCAAAAAUGGAACAGAUAGUGGAAUGUACGUGGAAGUGAGAAAAACGGCAGAAGUGGCGUCCAUUUUAUAAGUAGACUAUACGAUUAGAUUACAUGGUGUGCCUGUGUGUACUUAAUUUAUUUGUUAUUUAUUUUCAUUUAUUUAUUUAAUUUAUUUUUAAACUUAAGAAAAGUAUAAUUGUAAGGCUUGUAAAAUUGAUCAAUAAUACACGUUUUGGGUUUUAGAAUGAA